AUGAAUGACAGACGACGAGUCAAUGGGCCUCCGGGCGGCACGAGGCCCCCGGUGUAUGCCUCGCUGCUUGAAACCGGCACCGGGGCUGGUGAUCGCUCACAGCGCCAGCGACAACCCGCUGAGUUGAGGAAAAUCUGUAUGCACGAUGACAACUUGUCCGCGCCAGCAUAUCAAACUAACCUAUGGCACUUUCGCACGUCAGUCCUCAAGACCGGUCUCAUCCCUUCAGCUUCAGGCUCUUCCUACCUCGAAUUCGAACCCUCCGCGUCUCUCACCGCCGCUCGUGCGAAUCCCAAAUCUCUGAUCCCGCCUUCCUCAGCUCUGAAGCUCGCUUGCACAGUCCAUGGACCGAAACCGCUGCCUCGAUCGGCCGCAUUCUCCCCAAACCUCGUUCUGACAACCCACGUCAAGUAUGCGCCCUUCGCGGCUCGUAAGCGCAAGGGUCAUGUCCGGGAUUCAAGCGAGCGCGAUCUCGGCGUCCACCUCGAAACGGCUCUGCGCGGCGCCAUUAUUGCGGAGCGCUGGCCCAAGAGUGGGCUUGACAUUACCAUCACUAUCCUUGAAGCUGAAGAUGACCGCUGGUGGGGCGAUGCGCCAGACUCGCACGAUGCCUCGUGGGGCAUGAUGAACGUUCUGGCGGGCUGUAUUAGCGCCGCUUCAGCUGCUAUUGCCGAUGCGCAUAUCGAUUGUCUGGAUCUUGUGGCCGGUGGAGUCGCUGCUCUAGUUUCUAAUGACUCAACAAACUCUUCGUCAUCUGCGCCACGGUUGAUGCUGGAUGCCGAUCCGGCCGAGCAUCGCUCUAUUGUGUCUGCUUGUGUCGUGGCAUAUAUGCCUGCUCGGGAUGAGAUCACAGAGCUUUGGCUCAAGGGUGAUAGCUCGAAGGCUUCCCUCGCCGCUGGUGAUCAGCGAACAGGUCACGAGGCUUUGAUUGAUGGUGCCGUGGAUGCUGCCCGUGGGGCCUACACCGUUCUGGCAGAGGCCGUGAGGGAGUCCCUACAGAGGGCAUUUGAUCAGUCUUAA